AAGAAAGAGAGAGAGAGAGAGAAAAUAAUUUAAAAAAGGGCCGCCAGUUGAUCUAAUAAUUAGGAGUAAGAAUUCUCUUAGGUACAGGGAUAUCGAUCCGCCUGGGGUAGCGAGCAAUGCGACGUCUCUAUAACGUGAAACAGCUUUUCUCCUUAUUUAUCGUCGUAAGCGUGCUGUAUAUGUGCGCUAGAAUAGUACAAAACGAGAUAGAAUCAGUGCUUUUUCCCUUAUGUGACAAGUACUUUAUACCGUAUAUGUUUCAAGGCCACAGAAAGCCUUACCGGCAACAUAUGUCUUGCAUUUGCGUACGUAGAUCAAAAGGAAUUUCAACUUUAAAUCAACAACGGGAUAUCAAUUAAGGAUAAUGUAACACAAAUAAUAAUCAACGAUAGAUACAAGAUCGAAUUAAUAUGGACGUUCACGGAGCCGGAGUUGUUGCAGUUUUAGGAACCGUUGGGGCUGCUACUGGAGCUAUUUCAGCGGUUAUCGUUUACACGAUUUGUGCACGUCGUCGAAGAUCACCAUUACUUCCUUCGGGCGUUGGUCCUCUUAAUUGGUUCGAAAAAGAUUUGUUGAACAGAGCUGAAGAGGCUGCAAGAUCUUCGAAGGAUGUUCUAGUUGGAUUAGGAUCAAGUGUAUCUCUUGGUCGUGAUAAUAGAACUCUAAAACACAGUGCUAGUCGUUCCGAUGAUGAAGAAUCGCAAUCAGAUCAUGUAUUCGACAGCAUUGCGAGUGAUUCUCCAAGGAAAAUUCGACAUCAUUUAUCUGAAUCCGACGACAUUCCACCAUCACCUAUGAGUCCUCUUACACCACCUUUACCGGAAGGUGCGGUUGUAGCAUCAGAAAAACGAAUGGUAAUCGUUAGACAUCCACCUAGAAGCUUAGAUAGCUGUCAUUCAAGACUUAAUAGUCUUGAAAUCGAAUCAGAACCACGGAACAAGCUCUCUUCUUCCUCGUCGACAUCUUCGACGGAUGAGUUUAGGGGUGAAUUAGAAAUAGGUUUGAUUCACGAUGCUUCCACUGGUAUUUUGUCUGUACGACUUAUAGAGGCUCGUAAUUUACGUGCUCGUGAACUUAGUGGAACAGCCGAUCCUUAUGCUAAAAUUCGUCUGUUACCUGAUCGAAGUAACGUAUGGCAAACGAGAAUACAUAAACGUACUUUAAAUCCAGUCUUCGACGAGGAUUUUGUUUUCGAAGUUAAUCCAGAAUCAUCUUUGUGCGACAGGACUUUGGAAGUUCUCUUAUACGAUUUCGAUGCAUUUUCUAGACACCGUGGAUUGGGUUACGCGCAAUUUCAUUUAUCUACUUUGGUAGAUAAUCUUGGAAUAACAUUUCAAACCGUUAGAGUACCGAUAUUGCGUUAUGGAGCUGAGGGUGGUUUCAGAGCACCACCUUUGGGUGAAUUGAUGGUGUCUCUUUCAUAUCAACUAUUAGCAACAAAAUUGACUGUUAUUGUUGUCAGGGCUAAGAAUUUACCGAUAUCUGACGAGUCAACAAGUUGCAAUCCAUAUGUAAAGGUGAUACUUAAGCAAGAUGGGAAAACUAUUAAGAAGAAGAAAUCUAGUAUCAAGCGGGAUGCAACUAGUCCUGUCUGGAAUGAUAUUCUUAGCUUCGAUGUUCCUAAUGUAAGCUUUUCAAAGUGUGCAUUAGAGUUUUUAAUAUUGCGUGCUAAUGGUGAGCUAAUAGCAAAAUGCGAGGUUUCCAGCAAAUGUCAGAAAGAACUCUUCCAUCGUGUCUUGUCAGGGAAGGGUGCAUCUGCACAAUGGUUACCCUUAUCCGAACCGGAAAUUCAUCGUAUCGAUGAAUUAAAUAAGAAUGAAUGAAUUAAGAAUAAGCACCUAAUGUAACUUGCAGAUCGAUGAUCCACGAGUCUUUGGGCUUAUUUAUAAUUCUGUCUAUAAUAAGAAGUACUUAAAGAAAAGAAAAAAAAAAAAUCUAUAACGAAUUAAAUCGCACAUAUACUAUUUUCACUAAAUACAAAAACCAUAAGUUUAUAAAACACAAAUGAUAUUUUCAGAUAUUGAUUACAAUAAUACGCUCUACAUAUUGUCGUGUUUUUUCAGAGAAUUAUUUUCUACGAUAUUCAUAUAAAUUAAAAAA